AUGGAUAUAGAUUCAAACAAGAAACAAAGCCGGCGCAGAGACGAAAAUUAUACUGAUGGGGAAGAAUCUAAAAGAAAGGAAAAUAUAAAAAGCACAUCUACUUCUGAUUUCUCUGAACGAACAUGGAAGGAAGAUUUCACUCUUAUUGUAGAAAACAAGAAACUUUAUGUAUCCAAGGCUUUUCUUGCGCUGUCUUCACCAGUCUUUGACAGGAUGUUCCAAUCAGAUUUUAAAGAAAAAAAUCAAACGGAAAUGGAGUUACCUGACAAGAAGGUUUCCGAUAUGCAAGACUUUCUCAGGUGUAUUUACCCUAGUAUAAUGGCGGAUAUAUCUGACCAGAAUGUUUUCAGUGUACUUCCAUUAGCGGUAGAAUACCAAGUGUCUUGGUUGAAAUCCAAAUGUGAGGCUUUCCUGAUGAGUAAGCUGAAUGAUGAAAUAUCAACAGAUUACUUAAAAAACAUGCUAAAACAUGCAGCAGAUUAUAACAUGAAAGAUGUGUUAGCGAAAUGCACUACCGAAAUUUCCAAGAAGCCAGUCAAAGACGUAGAUUGUUUUUUGAAAACAGAAUCACUACCUUUAAAAAUCAUUUCUACGAUUCAAGAUAAUAUGUUGAGACGCCUGGAACAGUCUGAAAAAGACAACGCAAGGCUAGAAGCAAUUAACAGGUAUCUUGUAUCUGGGAUUAAAACUGAACAACAACUUGAUCUUCAAAAAUAUCGAGGUUGGACCGGCAAAUCCAUAGAAUUCACGCUACCGGUUGAAGACUUGGGACGUUACAGCUUUCCUCGUCCAAAGCGAUUUGAACUGUUUGACGCUGAUGCAAACUACGUGGUGAAAAAUACAGGUAGCCCAAAUGCCAACAGUUUAAGACUUGAAAUUUCACUUGAUGCAAGCGCGACCAAAAAUGUAAGGAUAACAGUACUAGGGCAAUUUGUGAUAAAAAAUCUUACACAGAAAAACGAAAACUACACUUCGGCGUUUAAAAUGAUCUUUUAUCAAGGCAGAUCUGAGCAGUCAAUAAAUUUGCAGAAUACUUCAGUUCUAUUCAAUGUUACAGAAGGAUAUAUCUACAACGAUGCAAUGUCCGUGGAGAUUCAUCUGUUACUUGAGAAGGAAUCGCUUAAAUAA